AUGGGAAGCUCCUGGUGAUCUGGGCACUUUCUCCUUCAUGUCACUGACCUGACAGGUGCCGCUUCAGGACAUGGAUCCCAAAGGAGCAAGAGGUACCAGGAAGCACCGCUGAUCUGCACAGACCCCUUUGCCUGCUGCUGCCCCACAGGGAACAGGGAGCUGCUGAGGAGCCACAUGGUCCAUCCCUGGAUUCUCCAAGCACUGACUGCCCAUCCACUCUGACUACAGCCAGGAGCCACAUCCCACUGCCUGCCCAGCGUCCAUCCAUGGAGGUGAGCACCAUCUCCCCGUCUCCUGCCUCACCCACUGAAGAUUAUCUGUGUGAGAUAGAUGUCACCAACGUGGCUGUAGACAGUGUCAUGCUGCUCAUCUGCCUCUGUGGGCUGGCCGGGAACGGGGCUGUGCUCUGCCUCCUCCACAGGAACUCCAUGACGCUCUACUUCUUCGACCUGGCCUUUGCUGACUCCCUCUUCCUCCUCCUCAUGGUGCCGUCCACCCUGCUCUGCCUGCUGGAGAACAUGUCGUGCUCCACCAUCAUGCCCCUGACUUACUUGAGGACACUUUUCCUGCUGUCACUGCUCCCCUACAACCUGGGGCUGUACCUGCUGACAGUAACCAGCAUUGACAGGUGCACAUCCAUUCUCUGCUCACGCUGGUACGACAGGCACCGUCCCCAGCGUCUUUUGGAGGUGGUGAACGUCCUCUUAUGGGCCCUGUCCAUCGGUUUCACAGUCACCAUUAGUUCUCUGUGUCUCUGCCAGGAGCACGAGCACUGCCAGGGAGCUCACAUCUCCAUGUACGCCCUCAACCUCAUCCUGUUUGCCUCAGCCAUGGUCAUUUGCAGCACAGUCCUCUUUGUUAAGGUCAAGUCUGACCCCCAGCAGCAGCAGCCCAGGAGGCUUGACACAGCUAUCCUCCUCACUGUGCUCUUUGUCCUCCUCUUUGCUCUCCCCCUCAGCCUCUGCAAUUUCCUGCAGCAGCUCGGUUACACGGUUGUGCCCUCCCAGGUGGUUUUCCUGCUCACCUGCAUCACCAGAAGCAUCAAACCCUUCAUCUACUUCUUGGUGGGGAGCUGUGGGAGGGACUGCUCUGUGGAGAGCUGCAGGAGGCCUUCCUCCAUGCAGUCCCUAAAGAAGGCACUCCACAACGUCUUUGGGGAGCCAAAAGAAAACACUGCCCACAACAGUGCUGCUGCUGUGGACACAGCAGUCUGAGCCUGUGUUCCCUUCCCCUGCUCUGCUGAAGGAUCCUGAGACAGUGGCUGAGGGUUUCCUUGAGUCACCUGAGCAGGAACUCUCCCAUUUGUGGCACUCGGAGGAUCCUUGAAUUCCCACCGAUCCUGGGCGGAUUCUUCCACUCCUCAAGGCCUAACCCUUGGCCUGGUGAGGAGCUGCAAAGGUAUCCAGAGUGAGAAAUCCAGAAGGGAAUUUUUCACAGGGACUUUGCACUCACUGUUUCUCUGCAUCCACACACGUGUCAUAUUUCUUGUUUCAUUGACUGGAUAUCCUUUGUAAAGUUUUUUUUCCAUGGUGUGCCUGUAUGGUCAGGGCUAGAGUGAACCGGGCCAAUGAACUCUGGUGUGCUGAUGCUCAAUAUUAAAUGUGGUUUUUACUGAUCCCCUUGGCAGUGACUUUUUCAGCGAUCUCAAACACUCGUUUGGAACACUCCCGCGGUGUAAUCCUGCAGGAGAAGGGAGCAGCGGCAUGUGGGAGGGAUGCUCUGAGGGGAGCAGGGCUUUCCUCCUCCCUCCCAAGUCCUAGAACACCAUGGCCAGGACGGGCAGAGACGCUGCCGGGAGUCCCGGGUGGAGCAGGGAAGGAGCGGGGCUGCCGGGUUGGGAGGUGGCCCGGCCGGGAGUGAUCUAGGGUGUCCGAGGAGAUGAAGAAGGGUCAGGAAGGGUCAGGAAGGGUCGGGGGGCUCGGAGGCUGCCUGGAUGCUGGCGAUCCCAAAUGUGGCCACCGGAGGGCAGCAGAGCCCCACGGGCCGCGCUCGGAGCUGGGAGGCGCCGGCGGCCCGGAAAGCGGCGGGACGGGAGAGGAUGGGGAGAGGAUGGAGUGGAGAGCGCCACGGGCAGCAGGGAUGAGGAUGGGAUUGGGAGAGGGCCAGGAAGCUCAGCCGAGCGCCCUUUGGCCCUUUGGGAAGGUUUUGGCAAUGAUCCCGGAGCUCUUCCCAGAAUGCGAAAUGUUUCUGACGAGCAUCCAGCGGCUUCAUCAUCAGCACUGCCGGCACUGCCGGCAUUCCAGUGCCACCAGCACCACCAGCAUCCCUCUGCUGCUGGAGGGACGAUGACCCCGCAGUGAAGGGAAAUGAGGAAUGGUAGAAGCCUGUUCAGAGAGGAGAAGCAAUUGGAGAAUGGGAUAUUCUGCAGGGGAGGAAUGUUUCUAAUCAGGGGGAAAUGAUGAGCCAAUUGCAAAAUUCUGUUUGCAGUGUCUGGCAAAAGCCACUUCCUUAGUGGACAAACACCAAAAAAAAAAAAAAUCACGAUAAAUGACUCGGUAGAAAUGGAAUUCUGACGUAGCCAAAGAUGCAAUUUCCGACUCCCCCGUGAUUCCCCCGAGCCUUGGGGAGCAACACCAGGACAAAGCACAGAGAGGAGCCGGCUGGACGGGAGUGGGGAGCUCCUGGUGAUCUGGGCACUUUCUCCUUCAUGUCACUGACCUGCCAGGAGCCGCUUUAGGACAUGGAUCCCAAAGGAGCAAGAAGUACCAGGAAGCGCCGCUGAUCUGCACAGACCCCUUUGCCUGCUGCUGCCCCACAG